UUGAGUUUGGUUUGGAAAGGUGGGGAGGAGGGUCAGUGCCGAGAGCCAUUUAUAGACAAAACGAGCAGGGAGAGAGAAAGAGCAUACAAAACUUGACAAUAUCCUUUUUAGUUUCUACAAACGUGCAAGUAGCCUACAACCUGGAGUGCACGAACAGAAAAACGCUAAAUUAUAGCACCACUUACGCUCUGGAAAGGAUAAGUAACACUGAGGAAAACCAGACACAUGCCAUUGCUAUAAAUAACAGUACAUAAGACAGUGUGCAAUGGCUCCAUCGCUCUCGCAAGCCUACAGGAGGCGCUGGUGGAUGGCUGUCACUUCAAUCAUAGAAAACCUGCUCUUCUCUGCUGUAUUGUUGGGUUGGGGCUCCCUUCUUAUCAUGCUGAAGAAUGAGGGCUUCUACUCGCACCUGUGUACAGAGAAUGUCACAGAGACUCACAGUAAUGUGAGUUUGACGGCACAGGCGGUUUGGCUGAGCUGUAUUGAGCAGGAGGAGAUUCUGAAUCUGGGCUUUACGAUUGGCUCGUUCAUCAUCAGCGCAGCCACUCUGCCGCUGGGUGUCCUGAUGGACAAGUUUGGACCACGUCCAGUCAGAUUGUUUGGCAGUUCUUGUUUUGCAUUAUCCAUGGCUUUGAUUGCAGUAGCAUCUUAUGAUCCAAAAGUGUUAUCAGCUAUCAUAUUUAUUGCUGUGUCCAUGAAUGGGUUCGGAGGAAUCUGUCUAACCUUCACUUCACUAACAUUGCCAAAUAUGUUUGGAAAUGUGCGGUCUACGAUUCUUUCGCUCAUGAUUGGCUCGUACGCCUCCUCUGCUGUCACCUUUCCAGGAGUCAAGCUGAUCUAUGAUGUGGGCGUCUCUUUUUCUGUUAUAUUCUGGGUAUGGGCAGGAUCUGCCUGCCUCGUCUUCCUCAACUGCUUUAUUAACUGGCCGGGAGAAUCUUUUCCUGGCCCUGAGGACAUCAGAUACACUACAAUGGUGAAGUUGAGAAGUGAAGUAGUGGACCAAAAGAUGACUGAAGAAAGUUCUUUCACUCAGGAGACUCCUAAAGAGCAAGAUGUGACCAAACAACAACCUUCCACUGAUGAAGCUCCCAGCGAUGGAACAGCUGCUCAGAGCCAGGCAGGAUCUCCUCGCUUUUAUCGUUCUGUGUGCUCACCUAUUUUCCUGUGGAGCAUCAUCACAAUGGCGAUGACCCAGCUCCGUGUCAUUUUUUUCAUGGGUGCCAUGAAUAAGAUGUUGGAGUUCCUUGUUACCCAUGCUGACCCUAAUCCCUCAGAGGAGUUGGUGAAGGAGGCAGAGGAGAAAGUGAAUCUCUACUCGUCCAUCUUUGGCACUCUUCAGAUGCUUUGCCUGGUCUCCUGUCCUCUGAUUGGCUACAUCAUGGACUGGAGAAUGAAGGAGUGUGAGGACGUGGUGAAUUCAGCAGAGGGAGAAAAAAGUCCCUCUGAGCCUCCAAAAAGGGACAGAAAGAUCCAGAAACUCACCAACGCCAUCAGAGCUUUCAUCCUUACGAACACUCUGCUAGUCAUCUUCGGCAUCAUCUCUCUCAUAGACAAUCUACCCGUACAGGUGGUGUCAUUUGUUCUUCACACUGCAGUUCGAGGUUUUAUUCACUCCUGCUGUGGUGGGCUCUACGCUGCUGUCUACCCAACCAAUCACUUUGGCACUCUGACGGGCUUGCAAUCCAUGAUCAGUGCUGUGUUUGCCCUCCUCCAACAACCACUGUUCAUGUGGAUGCUGGGACCAUUGAAGGGUGAUCCUUAUUGGAUCAACUUGGGCCUGCUUGUGUUCUCAUUGGUUGGAUUCCUGCUGCCGGGAUACCUCUUCUACUACCAGAGACAAAUUAUAAAGGAGAAGGCAGCGCUUCAUAGUCUGUCAAUGAGCCAGUCAGCGCAGGAGAGCAACAGCCUCAACCAAACAAAUGAUUCAGCAAAAUAUCAAACGAACGGGAACGUCUGAGGUGGAAAACAUUUAGGAUUGAGGUGUAUGUGAAUUAUACACCUGAUUUAUGAGUUAUUAUAUCAUGGCACUUCAGAAACUGAAUUAUCGGACUUCAUGUUCAGUCACUGUUGUUGAGUCUUGACAAAUAUAAAACAGUGUUAAAAACAAAGCAUCAGUCAAGGCUUUGACUGUGUGACUGGGCAGGAUGUAUUUUCAAGGCUUUUAAUAUCGAUCAGAAAAACAUUAUGCCAUGACCUACAAUAUAUAGUUUGCCGUUUUUUCCAAUUAUUAUUAUUGCAUUGACACUUUGAGAUGUCCAUUAAAAUGGUAGAAGAACCAGGAGGCGUUAAAUAUGAUCAAUUGAUAUUGCAUAUCAAUCCUCCUGCCUCAAAACUUUUGUGAGUAUGAAUCAAAAUUUGCUCCAUUUACUUUAAGAAAAUCAGUGUUAUUGUGCACAAUCAGUGCAUUUUAUACCAAAGACAUUUUGUGUUCAUAAUCUUUAAUCAAAACUUGAUCUAACUUGCUGAGAUACUAUAAAAGGGAAACUUGACCUUCAGUCUCUAUGUCUCGAUCAAAAAGCCUCCUUGAAAGUCUAUGCUGGAGUUUUCAGGAGAGUAGCUCACAAAAUGACUGUGAACUUGUAUUCUAUCAUGUUAUGAUCUUCAUUAUGAAUGUGCAGGACACAGACAUUCAGAUUCACUAGUAU